GUGCUGGCUACAAUUAGUGCUACAUAAGCCUUUAGCACGACUGGGAGUAGCUCCUAGUCUGGGACAGUUCCAGCAGCACCCACCUCCGUAUCCUGUCCGCCAUACAUUUCGGAGUAAUCAGAUAACCAUAAUGAUGCAAUGAACUUCUCGGAAACCUAAUACACCACUCCGAAUUUCCCGAGCCCUCCAGUCGACCCAGGCGAUGUCGCAUAAACAAUAAUAUAUCACCUCUAAGAUAGGAUAUAAUUGGCUACAUACUCUCCACCCACCAUGACCGUCUUCUCACUCAUCAUCAUCAAUAAGGCCGGAGGCCUAGUCUACCAGCGUGAAUUUCAGCCCGGCUUGCGCAAGCUCUCUACGAAUGAUUAUCUCGUCUUAGCUGGUACAUUCCAUGGUGUUCACGCCAUCACUCGCUCUAUAACUCCUAGGCUUCCCCUCUCUACGACACCCGCAGCAGCGACUACUCCAACUUCCUCCAAUAUACCCUCAACCCCUGGCACACCCACUCCGCCGACUUCUGCAUCGGCAUUUACGUAUCCCAACCCGGGGAUUCGAGCGACGGGUCUCGAGAGCCUUGAGACGGAUAAGUUCCGAUUGACUUGUUUUCAGACGUUGACGGGGACGAAAUUUCUUUUAUUUACGGAUCCGAUGAUGGGGAACAUUGAUGUUGUUAUGAAGAAGGUGUACGAGCUGUAUUCGGAUUAUGUUAUGAAGAACCCGUUCUACCAACUAGAGAUGCCGGUGAGGUGUGAGGCGUUCGAUCGACAUCUUGCGGGGUGGCUGAGGGGGAGGACCUGAUCCAUUUUUAUAUCCUUCUGGUGUUCGAGUUCGAGGUAAUAGACUGCUGGAAGGUCGGUUUGUCGUGACAUUAAUGACGCAUUUUGAUGACAAUUGUCCCUCUUGUAAUUACAAUUUUCUUUUUCGCCUUUGUUUGGUCAUG